GACCUAAUUAUUACAUGCGAACUCCGUUCGGAGAGUCGGCAGCUCUAAACUUUCCUCGAUUCUUUAACUGAAGGUCACAUUUUAUUUAACAAUGGCCGAUGAAGACUGGGCGGCCGAAGUAGACGAACAGGAGCGUGAAAUCUCUGGUCAGGUCAAUAAAUUAAAAAUUGACCCUAAUAAUCCUGUACCAGUCGCCACACCUUCUGAACAAAAACCAGCUGCUGCACCUCAAGAUGAUGAUGAAACACCAGAGGCUGCUGCAGAUGCUUCCCUUUUAAUCAAAGUUCUGAGGAGUAAACUGGUCCAGAAUAAGAAUGAAGUCGAAGUGCAGAGGAAUGAUCCAAACUCUCCGCUACAUUCAGUCAAAUCAUUUGAGGAGUUACCUCUGUCUGAACAACUGCUCAAAGGAGUUUACGCUAUGGGCUUCAAUAAACCGUCCAAAAUUCAAGAAACAGCUUUACCCAUGCUCUUAGCAGACCCGCCAAGUAACAUGAUAGCUCAGUCACAAUCAGGAACUGGAAAAACUGCUGCCUUUGUGUUGACCAUGCUAAGCAGAGUUGAUGCCACAAAGAACCAUCCACAGGUGGUGUGUUUAUCACCAACAUAUGAGCUGGCAUUACAAACAGGCCAAGUUGCUGAAAAGAUGAAACAGUUUUGUCCAGAGAUCAAAAUUGGUUAUGCAGUAAGAGGAGAAAGGGUAUCUAGAAGCCAAAAAGUAACAGAUCACAUAAUAUUCGGAACACCGGGCACCUUACUUGACUGGAUUUUAAGACACAAAGUCUUGCAACCAGAGAAAAUCAAGAUGUUUGUGUUAGAUGAAGCUGAUGUCAUGAUAGCUUUACAGGGACACCAGGACCAGUCAAUUAGAAUACACAAGAAUUUACCUAAAGAUUGUCAAAUGCUGCUUUUUUCUGCUACAUAUGAUGAUGAGGUUAUGAAGUUUGCAGAGUCUGUUGUACCCAAUCCACUGGUAAUUCGACUUCGUCGUGAAGAGGAGAGCUUGGACAACAUUAAACAGUACUAUGUGGUGUGUCGCAGCCAGGAGGAGAAGUUCCAGGCCCUUUCAAACAUGUAUGGAGUGGUUUCGAUAGGACAGUGUAUUGUGUUCUGUCAGACCCGCAAGGCAGCCUCAUGGCUGUCACAGAAAAUGAGCCUGGAUGGACAUGCAGUGGCACUGCUAUCCGGUGAGAUAACGGUGGAGCAGAGGAUUGCAGUUUUGAACAGAUUCCGUGAUGGCAAAGAAAAGUUACUUAUUACAACAAAUGUCUGUGCAAGAGGCAUAGAUGUUGAGCAGGUGACAGUUGUGGUUAACUAUGACAUGCCAGUUGAGCCCACAGGCAAACCAGAUUUUGAAACAUACCUACACAGGAUUGGUCGGACAGGCAGGUUUGGCAAGAGUGGCAUUGCAGUGAAUUUUAUUGAUGGUCGGCGCUCUAUGGCAACCAUGAAAAAAAUCGAGGAACAUUUUGGAAGAAAAAUAACACUUCUUGAGACCGAUGAUGUGGAUGCAUUGGAAAAACUUGCGUAACAGGAAAUUACAAAAGACUUGUUAGUUUUCAGAGGCACUUGAAAAAUUCUCCAUCAAAAGAUACUUUGCCCCUUUGGUAGGCGUAGUCUUCAGUUUGGUUUGUUCAUAUUUCGAACCCAAUAAAUUUCAAGGUUUGUUUGCUCUCUUAGCCAAUCAAAUCACAAGAUUUACACUUGUGGUUACUAGUGUUUUGAUUGGCUCAGAACCUUGGUAAACCAAAAGAUAAGUGUUGUUGCUUCUUAGCCCUUCAACUUCCAGAAGCAAUUAACACAUAACUUCUCCCUAUAAUAUCCACACAUUAUCCAGCAAACAGGUAAAGAGAAAACUCAAACUAACCAAAUUCGUAGAACCAAUUUACCAGAAAAUGUGUAGCAGCUAGAGGGGGAAUUAACAAUUUGAUUUUGGGAGUGAGAGCAUUGCAAUAGAGCAUAUAUUACAUUUUCUUUAAAUGCUGUUCACUUUUGAUUUAGUGUUGAGAGAACUUUGGAUGUAAAGGUUGAUAAAAAUAGUCAAAAGCCAAGGGCUUACAUGAAGGCAACCUGUUUUUGUAGGAUUUCCAUUGUUUAGGCAGUGGAACUUUUACUCUUAAAAACUCAUUUUAUUUCUCCUUACUGUCUUUCAUACAAUUGUCAUGUCAUUAGUUAUGAGACUUAAAUAUGCGAUCAACUAAUAAUCCCCUAAUUGAUGUAUUUAUUCUCAUCACUUGUCUGCUUGAUAAUAUAUUGUAGGGGGAAAUUCUGUUUCGGUCACUUGCAAGAAAAAGGGUUAAAAGCAGGACUUUACUGGUUUGGACAGUCUGGAUUUUGAAAAUCAAUAGCUUCUUGGUGUUCUAACAGCUUCAGCAGUUUUUACUUUGUUGUUGUUCCUGUCUUUUUUGCAUCCAAAGUAUGAAAAUAUAGAAAAAACUACUGUUGGAAAUGUCAUGUAUGAGAAACCACCAUUCAAAAUUAAAAGAAUACCUUCGUAAUAGCUUCAAAUAUAUUUAUUUUUAAACUGAACAAUUUUCCUCAGAACGUAUAUUCAUAGCAACUAAACUAUAGAUAGACUUCAUUUAAUUUCAAAACUAUAAAUUACUAUUUUACACCUUGAAAUUGAAUUUAAACUAAUCCCAUAUUUCACUUUUGACAAGUGAGAGAUUUUUUCGGACAGCCAAUUUACGGCACAGCGAUGAAGUAGAUUGUAUAAAGCAUUGCUUUAUUGGACGAAAGUAUUCGCGAAGUUUUGUUCCCUAGCAUGUAUCUUUGGAAAUUAAAAAAGUGUGAUCCCAUUUAAGAGUAGCUUGCGGCACAAGGUUUUUUUCCCCUUUUUUUUUGUUUUUUGUUUUUGUUUUUUGCGUUUAACGAGCGAGUAAAAGGAGGCGCAGAGGGAGCGCGAAUGCCCUUUUCUUUGGUUUUCUUUUUCGCUCUUCGCUCGUGUCACUCGCCCUUUGCGCUCUCCUCGUAUUUGCUUCGCGCUGGCCACCGCUUGCCUGAAACACACAAAAAUGACCUCUGUUCCGCAGGCUAAGUCAAUGAACGAAUACCUAAAGGUUCAGGUCUUGGUACAAGGGUAAUCCUCAAGCAAUUUUUGGAGUCGAGGUAUCCAGUCUCUCCCGCGUUACUUGUGUUUCCGCAAUGACUGCAGACUGCCUAAUAGUUUUAGGCGUUUUUCAGGCGUGCGCAGAGCAGGCGCGUGCCGAUUGCGAGGAAAUUGAGAGGGGUGAAACACCCUAAAAGGGGAGCAUAAAAACCAUAACUGUGUUAAAUGUUGCACGCUCCUCUUCUCGCGCAUGAACCGCCCUUCGCGCCCGCCUCGCGCUUCCUUUGGUUCGCCAAAAAAAAAAAAAAAAAAAAAAAAAAAAAAAA